AUGGCCCGACACUCCACCAUCGUCGUCGCCCUCGCUCUUGUCGGCCGAGCUGCAUCACGGUUUGAUGGCUUGGCCGAUACCCCACCAAUGGGUUGGAACAAUUGGAAUGCUUUCGCUUGUGAUGUAUCGGAGCACCUGCUGCUCAGGACCUCCGAACGGAUCGUCAACCUCGGCCUUCGUGAUCUUGGCUACAACACGGUCGUGCUUGACGACUGUUGGCAGGAUCCUGCCGGCAGAGAUGCCAAGGGAAAGGUCCAGCCCGAUCUGGCCAAGUUCCCUCGCGGCAUGAAGGCCAUUUCCGACGCCCUGCAUGCCCAAAACCUCAAAUUCGGCAUGUACUCCAGUGCAGGGGAAUUGACCUGCGCUCGAUUCGCGGGAUCGCUGGAUCACGAGCAAGACGAUGCGGAUAGCUUCGCCGCCUGGGGCGUUGAUUUUCUCAAGUAUGACAAUUGCUUCCAUAUGGGUCGCAUGGGCACGCCGGAAAUUUCGUUCAACCGCUUCAAGGCCAUGUCUGAUGCCCUGAAGGCGUCGGGCCGUGACAUUGCCUUAAAUCUCUGCAAUUGGGGAGAGGACUAUGUCCACACGUGGGGCGCAUCUCUUGCCCAUGCCUGGCGCAUGUCUGGCGAUAUUUACGACUCCUUUACGCGACCCGAUGACCUAUGCAGCUGUGCCUCGGUUGCCGACCCCUUCUGCGUCGCCCCCGGCACGCAGUGUUCCGUGCUCUUCAUCCUGAACAAGGUCGCGCCCUUUGCCGACCGUGCCAUCCCGGGUGGCUGGAAUGACCUUGACAUGCUCGAGGUAGGCCGGGGCGGCAUGACGGACGAGGAGUACAAGGCCCACUUCGCCUUGUGGGCGGCUCUCAAGUCCCCGGACCCCCACGGCCGCGCUGUCUACCGUGUCCGCCGAGACAUCGGUCCCCCACGCGUCCCCGUCGCCGACGAGUAUGCCGCACAGGAGGCCCACAUAUGGAGCGGCCGACUCGCCAACGGCGACCAGACCGUCAUCUUCCUCAACGCCGCCGGCGCCGAUCUUGACAUGAAGGCCUCCCUCGCCGAGAUUUUCGUCGGCGAUGGACCGCGCGGGUCGGCGCCCCACGUUCGCGUCGGCUGGUCCGUUCACGAUCUGUGGGCGCACCGCAUGCCCCUCGAGACGGCCGAAGCUCUCAUCGGGGCCAGUGACGACGGCGUCCGUGCAGAUGUCCUCCGCGCCGCGAACUGGUACAACGCGACGGAAAUCCCGUAUGCCCAGGGACUGGCCAACGAAGACCCGCGGCUAUUUGGUGAGAAGAUCGGCGAGGUCCAAGCCGGCGGCGAUCUCGAGGUCAAGGUUGUCAAGCACUCUGCGCGGGUGUUUCGUCUCAGGCGCAUCGCUGUCGAGGGUGAUGGGUUCAAGUCGAAGGCCCACGCGCGAGAGGACCGCGAGGAAAAGGAUGAGCUGUGA